AAAACAUUUAUUAUAUAUAUAUUUUACAAUGGAGAAUCCGAUCAAGGAAUGCAAACAGCUGCAACCACGCGCAAUUUUCGGCAUCAAUGGCAAGGUGGAGAACGGAGUACGCCAACAUCCCAUUACCGGAGCAGCAAUCUUUCCACUGGGCAAUAAGAUUGCCAUUGCCGAUUUGAAGAAGAACACACAAGAAUUUGUGGCCGGGCACACAAACAGUAUCUCCUGCCUGGACGUGAGCAAGAGCGGCAAAUAUAUCGCCUCCGGUCAGAUCAAUCAUAUGGGAUUCCGUGGCUAUGUCAUUGUCUGGGACUAUGAGACACGCAAGGAGAUCGGUCGUCAUGAUCUGCACAAGGUGAAGGUGCAGGCCAUUUGCUUUACGGCCGAGGACCGCUUUGUCAUCAGCAUUGGUGGCAAGGACGACGGCUCCGUGAUUGUGCUCGAUAUGCAAACAUUCUCGCCCAUUUGUCGCCAGCCCGCCUCGCGUGCCAUCUCGGGAAAUGCACUCACUGUGCGUCCACUGCACAAUAAUCCAUUCUUCUUUGUCACAGCUGGGGAUCGUCAUCUGCGGUUGUGGAGCAUCCUGCGCGAGCAGAAGAAACUGUAUGUCCAGGACGUUCAGCUGGCCAGCAAAUCGAGGCUGUUCUACUGCGCCCGCAUCGACAAGAAGGAUGAGUUCGCCUACCUUGGCACCGGCACCGGCGACAUUAUUAAGAUCACGCUUAACUGCUGUGACAAGGAUAAUGUUACACAUCCGGGCUCGUCGAGUGGCAUCCUGGGCGCAUUUGGCACCCACAAUCCGAGGAAGCCAAUGGGUCGCGACUGCAACCGCUAUGUGAAUGGAGUGCGUGCUUUGUAUGUGCUGGAGGAGGGUCGUCUCUUAAUUGGCGCCGGCGAUGGCGAGGUGCAGCUUGUGGAGGAACGCACCGAUGUGCCACUGAUUAGCUUUCGAGAUUACCCGGGACCCACCUGGCCCUACUUGCGCACGGUAAAGAGCACUCGAGUUUCGGGUCGCAUUUCGUCCUUUGUGCGCUCCACGCCGGAGAAGUUUUACAUCUGCACGGACACCAAUGAGAUUUAUACGCUUAAUAUACAUAGCUGGGUGCUGAAGCUGUUGCGCACUUGUCACGCCAAAGCAGUCUACUUUAUUACAUUCCCCAAGAAUUAUGCGGCUGUCUUUGCCACUGCUGGACACGAGAGCAUUCGCAUCUGGUCCUCGUCACGCAAGCAGGAGCUGUUGCGCAUCAUGGUCUACAAUUUUAACUGUGCUGCGGUUCGCUUCUCACAGGAUGGCACCAGCAUUGUCUCGGUGUGGAACGAUGGCAUCAUACGCGCCUUUACGCCCAUCACCGGGCGUCUCAUCUACGCCAUUCCCAAUGCUCAUAAUAAGGGCUGCAGUGCCUUGGCAGUGGCAUCAACUGGACGCUUCAUCGUCACUGGCGGCAUUGAGGGUCAAGUGCGUGUUUGGAAAAUAGAACCGUAUCGCCAGGAUCUGGUCGGUGUGCUCAAGGAUCAUUCGGGGCCCAUAACAUCGCUGUGCAUCAAUAAUCUGGACACCGAAGUGAUAUCCGCUUGCACAGAUGGCUCCUGUGUCAUUUGGGAUAUCAAUCGGAUGACCCGCAAGCAGGUCGUCACUGCCAAUACACAGUUCAUGUCUGUCCUGUAUUUCCCAACAGGAGUCCAGAUCUUAACCUGUGGCUCCGAUGGCAGAAUCAUCUACUGGAUGGUGUACAAUGGUGCAUUAUUACGCGAACUGAUCGCCUCGAAGAAGUCCUCAGUAAAUUGUUUGUCCAUGAAUGCCACCGGUGACUAUUUUGUUAGCGUUGGCAGCGAUCUGCACGUGAAGCUGUGGGAUUACAACAGCGGCGAUGUAGUUGGUAUUGGAUCCGAGCAUGCAUCGUCCGUGAUUAGUGCUGCGUAUAGUCCAUGUGGUAAGAUGUUUGUCACUGGCAGCACGGAUGGCUCACUGAUUAUUUGGGAUGUGCCCGAGGAUUAUUGGGGCUCGCAGAAUACUGGUGAUAGACCAACCUACACCUUGCCCAAGGCUCAGCCCAAGGGCAAGGUUGUUCAGUCGCGUGUCGACUCCGGCACACGUCUCAAGCCCAGUCCGGGUGAAAAUGUCAACGAUCUGCUGAAGGCAACGCCAAAGGACGACAUCUGCUGUGUCGAGUGUCCGCCGUGCGGCAAGAAGGAAACCAAGGGCGGCGAUAUUUUCGCUGAGUGUAAGAUUGUCCCGGAUAUAACCAAGUGUUAGAUAUCCAUUUUCUCAAUUUACGUUAAGAAACUUGAUUCAAGCAAUAAAGAAUUUGUUCUACAA